UUAUCAAUUCGACAUUAUUCUAACAGCAAUUACCAAAAACUGUACUACACACUACAAACCAAAUCAUCAAAAUGCAAACAAAAAUAUUUUUCUUUUUUACUCUCUUCGCCGAAAUCGUGGUAUUGAAGACCAGUCAGGCAUUUCUCUGGUAUUUCUCAGUAUCUAAUUCAGCACAUGGGGGACCCGCUUUGCACCCCAGGAAACCAUUCGUCAAGUAUCAACUCCACAUCUGAUCAGGAACAAAAUUUAAUCCCUCCAAGGAACGGGCAAGAAGUUUAUUUUAGAGUGAUGGGUUUCUGGAGGAUAACGCAAUACAAUGCACUCUUCGAUCGUGCUAUCUUCUACUUGGCUGGUACUGGAAAUGAGUGCCAACAUCUUUGGUCAGAAUUAGACUACCGUUGGACGGCAACUCGACUUGGGGAUCCGCUCCAGAUCAAGAAGGAAAUUCAACUAUUCAGCGAUCCAAAUUUUAACGGAACACCUUAUAAAGUUAAUGCUUCGAUGCCAUCGAUAAUUCCUCAUGUCAGAGUUGGCUCCCUUUUUUUCAGCGGAAAUCACUCCUGGCGGUUGUUUUCCGAGCCGAAUUACAAAGGAGAAACCACCUGCUUCAGCCCGCAAGUGCAAGGAAGAGACUGGGGCAUUACGUACAAAUAUACUAAUAAUUUAAUCGUUGGCAGUGUGAAAGAAGGAUGUUAGUUAUGUUGUAAACAUUUGUUUAUGUACAUGAAAUAUAUCAAAUACAUUUUUGCAAUUAUGUAAACUCUGA